AUGAAGACUUUAGAAGAACCCCCAUACCUGACUGUUGGCACUGAUGUAAGUGCGAAAUACCGUGGGGCUUUUUGUGAAGCUAAGAUUAAGACUGCCAAAAGACUGGUCAAGGCCAAGGUGACCUUCAAACAAGGCUCCUCUACUGCUGAAGUGCAUGAUGAGCACAUCAGAGGAAAUCUUAAGGUGGGGGCUGUGGUUGAAGUAAAAACCCAGGGCGGAAUCUACCAGGAGGCCACUAUCAACAAGCUCACAGAUGCUAGUCUGUAUACAGUCGUUUUUGAUGACGGAGAUGAGAAGACCUUGAGGCGUUCUUCCCUGUGCAUUAAAGGAGCACGUCAUUUUGCAGAAAGCGAGACACUUGACAGACUCCCUCUAACCAACCCUGAACACUUUGGUACACCAGUCAUUGGUAAAAAGGGCAACCGUGGGGGGCGACGCUCCAGUGCCAUUCAAGAGGAUGAGUGCUCUUCCUCCUUCAGUGAAGAUGAUGAUGGUGACCAGCAACAAAAUGAAGAACUGUAUGGAAAGGUUGUGGGUGUGAAAGGGAUUUUUCCUGGAGAAAAAAAGACCACGUGGUACCCAGCCCUGGUCAUCUCUGCAGGUUGCCAUGAAGAUGUGACAAUAAAAAAAGACAGUGUGUUUGUUCGCUCCUUCAAGGAUGGAAAGUUUUACCCAGUUAUGCGAAAAGAUAUUGGUAAACUUGAUGGUGAGAUGGCUGCAAAAGCAGACUCCAGCAUUAAACUAGCACUAGAUUCAGCAAAGGCUUUCCAGGACAAUGCUACUGUACCUAGUAUAUGGAGGACUGAGGUUAAAGAUGAGAGUUCCAGCAGUGAAGAAAAUGAGGAAGAGGGAGCAGCGUUGCAUGAAGAUGGAGACAAAAAUGAGAAAGAAGAGGAGGAGAUAGAGCCCUUCCCAGAUGAGAAAGAACAUUUUCUUCAGCAACUCUACAAAUUUAUGGAGGAUAGAAACACUCCUAUCAAUAAAAGACCAGUGUUGGGCUACAAGAACCUCAACCUCUUUAAGCUCUACAGGCUGGUUCACAAGCUUGGCGGAUUUGACAGUAUUGAGAGUGGCUCUGUCUGGAAGCAAGUAUAUCAAGAUCUGGGAAUUCCUGUGUUGAACUCUGCUGCAGGUUACAAUGUGAAAUGUGCCUACAGAAAGUAUCUGUAUGGUUUUGAAGAUUACUGCACCUCAGCAGGGAUCACAUUCCUCAUGGACCUGCCAUUUCAAGCCACUGGGAGGCAAGCAGAGAGCAACAAUGGUAAAACAGCAGAGGCAUCAACAAGGAGCACUGCAGCCAGCAUCGAUAGUGAGCCAAACUUUGAACAAGCAGUCAACUCACCAACUAUUGUCAAGGAGGAGAAGGCAGGAGAAGCAGAAAAUGUCAAUAGCAAAGUGGACACAGCCAACUUAAAGGAGGAUGACAAAGGAUGUGGUGAUGAAGUAGACAAUGUUACUGAGAUAGAGCUGAACCAACCCCAGGCUGUAGAAUUCAACAAUGGUCCAGUGAUGAAAGAUUUCUGUAUGCAGAGAUUUAUGGAGGAAGAACAAAACAAGGAACUUUCAAUGUAUGAUGAGUGGAUCAAAGCAGAAAAGAUUGUUCAACCAGCUAAUAAGUAUAUUCCCAAAAUAAAGCAUCGAAAAAAAAUUGAGAACAAAAAAGAAAAAGGCAGAAUAGAGAAAUUAAAUGACACUAAGGACCAUUUUCUCAGCAAAAACCACAUCAACAAAUCCUCUAAAUUCAACAAUAGUAAAGAUGUUUUUCUCCAAACUAAACAAUGUAUUGAUAAGUGUUGCCAGAAAAGUCCAGAUAAAUCUCUAGAGGUCACCUCCACUUUUAGUGGCUGUCAAGAAUCUGAAAUCUCCACUGAUGAUAGUGAACCUGAGCAUUAUAAUAAAGGUGGCCAAGAUGAACAGGAUCCAACAAGUCAACCAAAUCCUCAGAGAGUUUUUCCUCUAGAUCACGCUCAUUCACCCCUACAGUUGGACAGCAGGCUGUGCAAUAAAGAUUUUAAGGUUUCAGUGAGUAUGGGCACCACAGUUGAACCUUUCAACCAGUACGGUCAGGAAACAAACAGAAGAAAGAGGCAGUUUGUUACUGAAAGGGAGGCCACGAGCACCACAAAGAGAAAAAAUGAUAAAACAGCUGAGUGUGAUAUUAAAAACCAAUGCAAAGACAAAGACAGGUGCAGCAGAAGUGGUGGACAUUGGUUAUCGAAUCCUAAGAAACUGGAAGAAAGAAACAUUGGUUUCCAAAGUUAUGAAUCAGCCCAAAUUAGCAGCAGCUCUGAGAAUGAUGGUAGUUCUUUUACAGAAACUCAGACCAAAGAAGAGCUACAAAUUCAAAGCAAAACAAAGGGGCUAGCCUCAAAAAAGUACAGUGGGCUUAAAGAAAAGCAAAAUAGCACCCAGUCUUCAGGAUUCUGGGAGAUUCCUGAUAAACGAGCCAAAAUGACAUUUGGAAUGGACGAACGGACAGCUGGGUGUCGUACCAAAGGCCAGAAAGAUGUGUGGUCCAGCAUCCAGGCUCAGUGGCCUAAAAAAACACUGAAAGAGCUGUUUUCUGAUUCAGAUACUGAGGCUGCAAAUUCCCCUCCUCCAGUGGUGCCUGUCCUUCAAGAGCCUAGUUUUGAGCUCAGUCAAAAGAGUGAAACAUCUGAGGAGCCACAGGAGAGCCAAGAAAAGUGCCAGGAAUAUCCCAGCAGUGGAAGUAACUCCAUUCUUAACACGCCACCUACCACGCCAGAAUCUGCCAAAGUGUUGGCUGAUGCACACUCAUCCUCACCACCCCCUCAGAAUUCUGUCUUGGCCUCCAGCUAUCCAGCUGUGUCAUCACCAUCCAGGCCUUUAAUAGAGGAGUGCAGUGGUGGGCGCAGCGAGUCUGAUUCCAGCAUGAUGGAAAGCUUAGGUUGUGAACCUAACGAGCUGAUUCCAGAAGGGCAGGCAGGGUCCCCCUUCAAAGCCUUUGAUAUUAAUUUGUCCAGCAACAGUAAUUGUAGCCUCAAUCUUAGCAGCAGCCAGGAGAGUGAACAAAAAUCUAAAAUCUUAUCAUGCACUCAGAAGAGGCACAGAGAGCCCCAGGGAGGGGAAGCAUCAACAAAACACAAGAGAAAUUACAAGAGGCUAAGCUUGAAUCUUAAAAAGAAUCCCAAAACAGCCGACAGCAGUGACAGUGAGGACCAGUCUAUUUGUGGGAGUACUGCCAAAUCACUCAAGUUAAAGAGCAUUACAAUGGAUAUAAUGACUAUAAAUCCACUCACAUGCUCUGCUCGGACACUCCAGUCACACAAAUACUGUAUACAUAGGGAGCAUUUGCAUCCUAAAGAGCUGUAUGGCAACAGUCAUGGUGCCUACAACUACAAGUGGAGUUUUCAAAUGUCGGAUUUGGAAAAGAUGACUAGUCUAGAAAAGAUAUCAUUUCUACAGGAAAAACUACAAGACAUCAGGAAUCACUAUCUUUCACUUAAAUCUGAAGUGGCCUCUAUUGACCGAAGACGAAAACGUAUGAAGAAAAAAGAACAGAAAACAGGUGCAGCAGUGGCUUUGUCCUCAUCCUCAACAUCGUCCAGCUCACUGACAGCGGCUGUAAUGCUCACACUAGCUGAACCCACUGUUUCAGCCUCAUCUCAGAACUCUGGUCUGUCAGUGGAAUGCAGUUGACAAUAAAAGCCUUCUUACUGUACUCAGCACUUAACCAGCACCUAGCCGAGUCUCCGGUUUUCCGCUGUACUGUAAAACCUAAAUCUAAUGGACAGAGGCACAAAAAUCCUGAAUGGUUUGAAAACAGACCAGACAAAACUAAGCACUAUUUUUUUUUUUUUUUUAAUUUAG